UCCAAUUGAAGCUGUUGACUUUUUCACUUUUCAUAACUAACAGUUUUGAUCUGGUCUACCCAAGUGAUCGUCUGAAGUGUUUUCAGUGUCAAGGCGAUGCUGAUUGCAAUGAUGUUGAACAGAAAUUGAAUCCGAAAGUGUGUAGGAUUUAUUCCAAUAAAGAUCAAUGCUACACUUAUUUCGCUGAAGAAGGAAAACAUUUUCGUGGCUGUUGGAGCGAUCAAACCGAGAGUCGAAUGUCAUGUAAACAAAACGAAUCAAAGUGCAUAAAAUGUGAAGGAGACGGCUGUAAUACAGCAACGCAAGCGUCUACACAAGCACCCAACACACAAUUACCUACUACAGAAGUACCCACCACGCAAGCACCGAGCACGGAAUUACCUACCACUCAAGAAUCUACCACAGAAGUUCCAACUACUACACAAGCACCUACCACGCAAGUACCAACGACACAACUACCAACCACGCAAGCAUCGAGCACAGAAUUACCUACCACUCAAGAAUCUACCACAGAAGUGCCAACCACGCAAGCAACGAGCACGGAAUUACCAAGCACGGAAGUACCCGCCACUCAAGAAUCUACCACAAAAGUUCCUACACAACCGCAACCAAUAGAACCAACAGAAGUCCUAAUACAAAUUGCAACACAACUUCCAAUAGAAGAACCUACAAAACCAUCCACUAAACCACCAUUUCCAAAACCGCCAGUCACGAAACCAUCCAGAGAAGAACAAAAAUUAGAAUUUUUUAUUUUUCUUGGAAUAUUAAUGUUAUCAUUAUCAGUAUUAUUGUAUUCUACUUUACCAAAAAGACGUAAUUAUAAUUGA